AUGCCUUCCAACAGCGAUGCAGACUAUUGCAAGAAGUGUCCUGUCAAUCAGCAACAAAACAGGGACCGAGACCGAUGUAUCCCCAAGGUCAUAAUAUUCCUGUCCUAUAAAGACUAUCUGGGGAUCAGUCUAGCUUUCUUCGCUCUGUUCUUGUCACUAACUACAGUUUUUGUCUUAGGAAUAUUCAUUCUAUAUCAAAAAACUCCAGUUGUGAAAGCCAACAACCGGGACCUCUCCUACAUUCUCCUUGUCUCCCUUCUGCUUUCCUUUUUGUCCUCCUUUCUGUUCAUUGGUCGGCCUAGGAAGAUGACCUGCCUUCUCCGACAAACUGCCUUCAGCAUCAUCUUCUCAGUUACAAUCUCUUCUUUGUUGGCAAAAACCAUCACUGUGGUGGUCGCAUUCAUGGCCACAAAGCCAGGGAACAAGUUGAGAAAAUGGCUGGGGAAGAGUUUGGCCAACUCCAUUGUCAUUUCUUGUUCUGGUAUUCAGCUUGGCAUCUGCGCCAUCUGGCUGGGGAUCUCUCCACCUUUCCCAGACUCUGACAUGCACUCCCAGCCUGGACAGAUCAUCCGGUUGUGCAAUGAAGGCUCAAUUGCCAUGUUUUAUAGCUCUCUUGGCUAUAUGGGCUUCCUAGCCACCGUCUGUUUCACAUUGGCUUUCCUAGCCAGGAAGCUGCCUGGGACAUUUAACGAAGCCAAGUUGAUCACUUUCAGCAUGUUGGUCUUUUGCAGUGUUUGGGUGUCCUUUGUGCCUGCCUAUCUGAGCACAAAGGGGAAACACAUGGUGGCUGUGCAGGUCUUCUCCAUCUUGGCCUCCAGUGCUGGGUUAUUAGGUUGCAUUUUUAUUCCAAAAUGCUUCAUUAUCAUGUUGAGGUCUGAUCUGAAUAUGAAGAAGCACCUAAUGAUGAAAACUAAAGAUGUUCAUGGCACCUAA